UGUUUAUGAGGACAAAAAGACCCGUCAUUAAUGAUACCAGAUAUGUCAUAUAUGUUUUAUGAUUGAUAUUUUUGAAGGGAAAGAGACCAUUAUUUGAGAUAUAGGUUUUGUUUAGUGGGUAUCAAACAGAUCCAUCAUGUCAGUUAACAGGUCUGUUUGGUCCCAUUAUUUUUUUAAAAAAAAUAAAUAAAUGGGUUUUGGUUUAAUAUUAUUUGCAUUUUAAAUUUAAAAUUUCCGUAUUCUAUGCUUUAUACGAAUUCACAUUUAGUAGAAAUUUCAUAAUACUGGAACUAUUGUAAUUUAUACUUGAAGAGCACUAGAAUAAUAAUGGGCUAAACUAAAGUUAAUAAAAUCUAACAUAAAAUCCUACUCGUAGCAAAUAAAAAAAAACAAAAAAAAAAACAAUAAAUUUAAGUUACUUAAAUUCACAAUUGUAAUUACAUCAAGGCCGCCCUUUUUUCAUCAAAUCUGGAUAUCAAUGGCGAAGAAGAAGAAGCAAGCUAUUUCUACACCUCAAGUAGUGCAACAAAAGACUGCUCAUGAAGUUGUUGGUUCGAUUUUGCAAAAUUUGGGAAUUUCAAGCACCCCUUUCGUACCUAGCCCGAUUCAGGAGGGGGAUGAACUGCUUACUCCGGCGCUGGCAUUAGUUAAGACGGCUUGUGGUGCUAUUUCCGUUGUUCCAUUGGAUGGUGAAGCUACUUUUGUUGCUGAAGCUGCUGCUAGGCCGAGUCAGUCCAAUGGAACAGUACCUAGGGUUUCUAGGUUUACUGUUCCAUUGGUGGCUGGUGGAUCUGGGCACGGUGGUGAGCCAGAGUGUUCUGUUCAUUACUCCUCACCUUCUCCGGAGCAUAAUGUGCAUAAAGUUAAUGAAGAUCGAGCUGCUUCUCUUCCUGACUUGGAGUUGAACUCGCGCAUUUCUGGUGAAAAUCGUGCUGCUUCUUCCCCUGUUCUAGAGCAGAAUGUGAAUCGUGCUUCAUCUUUUACUGGGAAAUUGGCUGCAAAAGGGGCUACUCUAUCCUUUGUUGCUCCGAAAGUGCAAGAUGGAAAACUCAUUGCUGAGCUACAGGCAGCCGAGCUUGAGGAAGUUUGUUGCUGCUGUGUGUUGCUGGUUUUGUUGCUGGUUGCUGCUGCUGCAUUUCUAUCUGUAGCUGCAGCACUGUUGUGCUGCUGUCUGUUGUUGCUGUACUGCUACUGGUGUUAUGCUGCUGCUGCACUACUGUACUGCUGUUUGUGCUGUUGUUCUGCUGUUUUGCUGCUGCUGCACUGUUCUCUGCCCUGCUGUGCUUGCUGCUGGUGCUGCUGUGCACUGUUGUGCUUGCUGUCUGCUGAGCUGCUGCUUGCUGGCUCUGCUUGUUGUUGCUGUUGA